AUGGAGGACAACAAAGAAGCCACACUACAAGAACAACUAGACACAACGAUGGCAGAAAAUAACCAAAUAGAAAUCAAACACGACGUUGCUGCAAUGGGCAUAAUCAAACUACCUACAUUUUUACAAACAGACCCCGAAUUAUGGUUUGCUCAAAUCGAAGGAUUAUUACAUGUGCAUCGGAUAACAGCAAAUGCAUCAAAAUUUUACACUGUCAUAACGGCACUGGAUCAUAAUACCUUGCAUCAAGUUGCAGAUAUCGCAAAAUGUCAAUCCAUUACAGAUAAAUUUAUCAUGUUAAAAAAAGAACUGAUAAAAAGAUUUGGAGAAUCGAAACAAAAACAACUGGUGAAAUUAUUAACUAAUUUAGAGUUAUCAAACAAACGGCCAACACAGCUACUUAGGGAAAUGCAAAAUUAA